AUGUCUUCAUCGAUACGUAAUUCAUCGGAAACUACAUUACAAGGGGAAACCACUUCUAUAACAACAUCGAUUGAUCACGCAACAAAAAUAACUGAAUUUCCUUAUCCACUUAAUAAUACUUUACCUGUUUCAAAAGUUUCGGCAACCUGUAAUUUUGCCGACUUACCUCUUUGGCUUCAAGAUAAUUGUUAUAUCUUGAGAGGUUAUCGAAGGCCUACAUUUUGUUAUAUGAAAUGUGCUAAAUCUUUAUUUUACAUUCAUAAUGAAAGUGUUAAUAUUUGGUCCCAUUUAGUUGGGGCGAUAACAUUUAUUUGCCUGGGGUUCACAACGUAUUUUUAUAAAUUGUCACAUCAACCUAAUGUGAGACUCUGGGACUUCUUUGUAUUUUAUAUGUUUUUACUUGGUGCUAUGGUUUGUUUAGGAUUUUCUUCAAUUUUUCAUACAUUAUGUUGUCAUUCAGAAAGAGUUUGUGCAAAUUGGAAUCGAUGUGAUUAUGUCGGUAUUGUGACAUUGAUAGUAGGAUCAUUCUAUCCGAUGAUAUAUUAUGGAUUUUAUUGUCAUUCAACCUUACAAAUAAUUUAUCUUUCAAUGAUUUCCAUAUUUGGAGCUGCAACGAUUUCAGUUGCAGUCGCAAGUAGGUUUAGAUCACCACAAUAUAGAUGGUUUCGUACAGGGUUAUUUUUGGCUAUGGGAUUAAGUGCAAUUGUACCGUUGGUUCAUGCUGUUGUAAUUUAUGGUAUUCAACUUUGUUUUGAUGUGAUAUCACUAAAGUGGUUAUUAUUAAUGGGCGCUUUGUACGUUGUUGGGGCUGUCAUAUACGGUGCUAGGUAUGUUAUAUAG